CUGUGAAAACCUGACAGAUCUAGAAGCGGGCACUAAUUCACAAGACUUGCCAAUUGAAGUUCUUCACAAUGGCCAAAGGGCUUCGCUGUAAGUUCCGUAAGAGGAUGAGAAAUGUGAAAAGGGAAAAAUAUGGAAAGAAAGAGCUUGAAAGAUUGAAGACAAUUAUCGCAACAAAAGGUGGACAAGAUCAGGAAAUAAAGGAAAUCUACAAAGUAAAAACAGAAGCAGAACUGAAGGCAGAAAUGGAAAAGAAAGCAGAAGAAACCAUGGAACAUAGUGGGAAAACCUUUCACCCGGUCACUCUAAAAGAUGAAGAUGGACAUUACCCAAGUUGGAUGAACCAAAGAGCUAUAAAGAGACACAAGACAUAUCUAAAGAAAUCUGGAAGGGUUAAGUCGAAGGCUAAAGGCAAAGGAAAAAAAGGAAAAAAGUGAUCUGGACCUGGUGUGUGCAGAACUUUUGUUACUAUAAGUUGUUUUGCUAAUGAUAGUAUUGUAAUGCAAGAUAAUAGCAGAGAGAUUGAUAGCAAAGAAAUAUAUCGAGAAAAAAAUUGAAUGUGUUUCUACUUUUGAUGAAAAUAAUUCGGUGCUUUCAAGAUACGAAGGAUUAAAACAUUGUAGAUGUAAAAGUUAUUCUAAUUGUGUAUAAAACUGAUUGGUAACUUGUUGAAAUUGACAUAUUGAAGUUGACUGUUAAAAACAGUGUCAAAACUGGUUUGAAAUUGACAUACUGAAGUUGACUGAACAAAUUGUUAAUACUGGUUGAUAACUUAUUUGAAACUGACAUACUGAAGUUGACUGUGAAAACAGUUACCGUAUAUAUUAUUUAUGUGGAAAGUAUUCUUUCAACACAUACUGUGUCUAUUAAUCUUCAGUAUGAGAAGAAUUUGUCAUCUAUUGUAUACACCGUCUUAAAGUCUAGUGAUACUUUUCAAAAAGAGUGUGUAUAUGUGUGAUAGUGAGUACAAGGAUAAAUAUGUAAGCAUAUGUAUGUAUGAAAGAUUUUGGGAGAUUGCGUGGGCCAGAAUGAAUGAAAUGAAAUCAUUAUUGUUUUCAAAAAAAUAAAU